AUGGGAGAAUUCGAGACAAAUGUAUCUAAUCCGGAUAAAUUUGAAACCCUCUCCUUAAAUGAUCCACCUGAUUCAAAUGAAAUCCGUAAAACCUCUGUUCGCAUAAAAGAAGGAUUUUGCGAUGAUCAAGGAGAUUUAGGUCAGAAAGAGAUUGAAAUUAAAUCGGCUCUAGUGCAGCAAACUAAAGAUCUAUAUGAACAAUAUGCUCGGGAACAGUUUCCUAAAGAUUUAGAAAAACAAAAGGCAUUGGUAACCGAAAUGCAGGACCAAUAUUUUGAACACUACCUCUCCGAAGUGUAUAGGUUCCAACUUGUUCAUCAACAGCAGCAACUUGAACAAUUACGAGCGGUAAGAUCGGCCGUGAAAGAUUCUAACGAUGGGAAUUCUGAAUCUGAGAGAGAUUUUCUAGAACCAUUACCUCUCAUUCCUGCAACAAUAUGGACUCGUAAAGAUAUUGCAGAGUUCAAACGAGAAAUUCUCGAUGUACAGAAGGAAUGUUGUAUAAAGAUAAAUUCUUUAGCAACUGCAACAGUACGUGUUCCAACUCAUCCUAAUGGGAAAGCAAUAUGUUGGGAAUUUGCUACAGACAAUUAUGACUUAGGUUUUGGAUUGUAUUUUGAAUGGGAUUUGGAACCGCCUGAAAAUAUUUCUGUUAAUAUUUCGGAGUCAAGUGAUGAAGAAGGCGGUGAAGAUGAGGAUGAAGAAGGACCUAGUAAUGGGAAUUCUACGGAACAAACGUCGCCUGAAAACGAAAAUAAGGAAUCUCAUGAUUUGGAAUUAGGCAAAAAGUCAUUACAACAGCGUUUACCUACUGACGAACUUAUACCAAUCUAUAGAAGGGAUUGUCAUACAGAAGUUUAUUGUGGUAGCCAUCAGUAUCCAGGUGUUGGUGUGUAUGUAUUCAAAUUCGACAAUUCAUUUUCUCUCUGGCGUUCUAAGUGGCUGUAUUACCGUAUUUUCUAUACUCACUGA